GGUACCACUAGUAGUAUUCAAUGUUCCUUCAAGUUCAAAUGUUCUUAGUUCCAGGGUUUAUAGUGUAGUUUAUAGUUUUCCAAUCAUAUUUCACACAUCUGUCAUCAAGUGGUCUAUGUUAAUCGCUAGGUGCAUUUGUGACACUUAAACAGAACUUACUGUACCUACAUAACUAUUCCGAGAACCAUUUUUCUUCUCUUUCGGUUUUCGAUUUUGAUUUUGAUUUUGAUUUUUAAACCAACCUCAAUUCAAUUCCUUACCCAUUACCCCUCCUUCCAAUUCAACAUUUCAAUUGGUGAGAAAUAUUGGGUUAUUGUCAACAUGGACGCCGUACUUCGUCAGUCCAAGGCCAUGUGCCCUUUCUUGAAAAAGGCAUCUCCCGCCACUCUUCGGGCCUUGUCUACCUCUACUCGUCCACAAGCACAAGUCUCGCCAUGUGGUGGUACCAUCUCCAAGUUGCAGCUUCUUGGCCAGCGUUGCCCUGUCAUGGGCAAGGCGCUUGCCAUUCAGUCUGCUAGAGUUGGUAGGCCCUGUGCUGUCUCUGGUGCUGCCUCCGUUGCUGGACUUCGCAGCUUUUCUGGUCAAUGCAAGUCGGGAAAGGCCAAAAUCCACACCAGUCGCCCGCAUGAAGCUAGAGCCGUUGAUACUCCCAUGUUCACUGCUCGCGAGUCCGUCCAAUUCCCCCCAACCGCUCCCGCCAAUCGCAAGGCCAAUGCAGCCGCUGCCGUGGGCAAAUCUGCGAAUUCAAGUGGUAAAUUCGAUUACGAUGCCUUUUACCAGGGAGAACUCGACAAGAAACACAAGGACAAGUCUUACCGCUACUUCAACAACAUCAACCGACUCGCUAAGGAAUUCCCCCAAGCUCACGGGGCUAGCCGGGAAGACCGAGUAACGGUAUGGUGCUCCAAUGAUUAUCUCGGGAUGGGUCGCAACUCUCGGGUGUUGAAGGAAAUGCACCAUACUCUAGACGAAUAUGGUGCAGGUGCAGGAGGCACAAGAAAUAUUUCGGGACACAAUAGGCACGCGGUCGAGCUCGAGGGGACCCUCGCCAAAUUACAUGCAAAGGAGGCAGCGCUUGUCUUCAGUUCCUGCUAUGUGGCCAACGACGCGACACUUGCGACGCUCGGAAGCAAGCUACCGGAAUGCGUCAUCUUAUCCGACAGCCUCAAUCACGCGUCGAUGAUCCAGGGAAUUCGACAUUCCGGGACCAGUAAGAUUGUCUUCAAACAUAAUGACAUGAAGGACCUCGAAGCUAAAUUGGCUUCUUUGCCACUUCACAUACCCAAGAUCAUCGCAUUUGAGUCCGUCUAUAGCAUGUGCGGCUCAAUCGGCCCCAUCAAAGAGAUCUGUGACCUCGCCGAUAAAUAUGGAGCUAUUACCUUUCUCGAUGAAGUCCAUGCUGUUGGCAUGUAUGGCCCGAAUGGUGCCGGUGUCGCCGAGCAUCUAGACUAUGAAGCCCACAAGCAAGGUAAGCCCCAAGGAACGCUUAUGGAUCGUAUAGAUAUCAUAACCGGCACUCUUGGUAAGGCAUAUGGAUGUGUUGGCGGAUACAUUGCUGGAAGUGCAAAAUUCGUGGAUACCAUAAGAUCUCUGGCCCCAGGCUUCAUUUUCACCACCUCUCUACCUCCCGCGACCAUGGCUGGUGCCAGGGCUGCUAUUGAAUAUCAGAUGGAGUAUAAUGGAGAUAGACGGCUCCAACAACUCCAUACACGGGCUGUCAAGGAGGCAUUGAACUCCAGAGAUAUACCUGUUAUUCCUAACCCAUCGCACAUCGUUCCAAUCUUGGUCGGGAGCGCCGAGCUUGCGAAGCAAGCCUCGGAUAUGCUGCUAAGCGAUUACCAGAUUUACGUGCAAUCUAUCAACUAUCCAACUGUACCGGUUGGCCAGGAGCGUCUGAGAAUUACGCCGACGCCAGGUCAUACGAAGGAGUAUCGUGAUCAGCUUGUCACAGCUAUUGACGAGAUCUGGACGAAGCUCAAUAUCAAGCGAACCUCUGAAUGGGCAGCCGAGGGCGGUUUCAUUGGUGUGGGUGAGGCUGAGACCAACGGCCCGGAACCUCUGUGGACGGAUGAACAGCUCGAAAUCGAUCAAAAGGUCGCCAAGGAAAUCAAGGACUCCAAGCCGGUUAAUGGCUUCAUGGAGACCUUGCUUGAACGCGAGAUUCAAAACUCGGCUAGGGUGGUGAGCACCUCUGCCUAAUUGCAUUCUUAGUCUCGUAAGAGACGAAUAUAUGCCCGCAUAAGGGGAGCUCAUCAAACCUAACCCACGUUCUUUCGAGCGUAGCGGGAGCCUUGGAAAGCAUGCGAUCUUAAGUAACAUUCUGAAUCUGAUUCUUAUAUUCACCCGUACUGGAAGAAUACUCUCGUCGAAGUAUCGAGGUCAACUAUAUAACCCAGCCCAAUGGCGAUUACAGUACAUUACAUUACAAAUACAAUCAGCGCCAUCUUGCUUGGCAGAUGGAUAACGCUCAUUGAACUUUUCAAA